AUGAAUGAGGGAUAUACGUAUAAACGUACAAUGUUUCCCUCGAGCGAGGCGUUUCAAAUAAACAUGAAAAAUACUGAACCUGAUGGAAAACGUAGAGUUUGGGUUCUGAAAAACGGGGUGAGAAGGAGCUCGUUUACACGAGGUGAGUUGGAACGUGCCACCCAUGUGCUCGAGCCGCAUCCACGUGAGAGCGGUGGACUUGAUCAGAGUGGAUGGAAGCAAAUUUCAUGUCAGCGCGAAAAUAUCAGCUAUACGAUUCACGGCUUGUCUCGUGGUUGCGGAUGUGGUUGA